ACUCAUCCUCCAUCGCAAUGCUCAGGCGCCUCCCGGCGAGCAAUACCGGCGAUGUGCCCAUCACGUCCGCCACGUCGGGCGGGUACGGCAUCGUCUCGCGGCCGUACAAGCCGCCGAGCCAGGCCGCGGCUACCAAGCGCACGUCGACGCUGCCGGCCCGCAAGCGCAAACAGGUGUCGUACAAGGAGAUGGGGGGCGGCGACGACGACCGCGACCCCGACGCGAGCGGCAGCCCGAAGAAGAAACUCCGCUUCGAGAUGGGAAACAAGGUGUACGAGGGCGGCGUGCUCGGCGACAUGGCCAAGUGGUGUAAUCGCAAGUUUCCAGUGUACGAAGCCAAGGAGAAGAGCGCGGUCUUCGCGAAGAACUUCUCCAUCCCGAUCAUGAUCAACGCGAAGACGUCAGAGCGCAUCAUGCACCCGUUGUCCCAUGCGAGCCUCGGCGCAAGGGCACACCCUUCCCUCCCGCCAAGGCCGCUGCACGACCCGAUGGCCGACCACGCGAUCGUGCUCUACGACCCGACGAUUGACGACAAGCCCGACCCCGAGGCGGAGGCCGAGCGCGCUGAGGAGGAACGCAAGCGCGAGCUCGCCGAUCGCGGGCCGCACAAGUCGCUGCGCUCGAUCCUCGGCAUCCAGGACAGGAAGGCCAAGGUCGAGGUCAAGGUGCCAGUCGUUAUCGACCCGCGCCUGAGCAAGGUCCUCCGCCCGCACCAGAUCGAGGGCGUCAAGUUCUUGUACCGCUGCACCACCGGCCUCCUGGACGACAAAGCAUGGGGCUGCAUCAUGGCCGACGAGAUGGGUCUCGGCAAGACGCUGCAAUGCAUCGCCCUGUUGUGGACGCUGCUGAAGCAGUCGCCGUUACCCGGCAAAGGAACGGCCGAGAAGGUCAUCAUUGCUUGCCCCACCUCGCUGGUCGGAAACUGGGCGAACGAGCUAGUCAAAUGGCUUGGCCCCGGCGCUGUCAACCCGCUUGUCGUGGAUGGAAAGGGAGGCAAGGCCGAGCUCAUCCCCGCUGUUCGUCGCUGGGUCGCUGCGCAUGGCAGGAACGUCACCCUUCCUGUCAUGAUCGUCUCGUAUGAGACGCUGCGUUCCUUGGAGCAGGAGCUUGCUGGUGCUCCCAUUGGGCUGCUCCUCGCUGACGAGGGUCAUCGUCUCAAGAAUUCCGAAACCCUUACGUUCCAAGCCCUCACGUCUCUCAACGUCAAGCGCCGUGUCAUUCUCACCGGCACACCGAUCCAGAACGACCUCUCAGAGUACUUUGCCCUCCUCAACUUUGCCAACCCCGAGUACCUCGGCUCCAAGGCCGACUUCAAGAAGAACUUUGAGAACAAGAUUCUCCGCGGUCGUGACGCCGACGCUUCGGACAAGGAGAAGCAAGACAGCGACGCCAAGCUCAAGGAGCUCAGCGGACUGGUCAACAAGUUCAUCAUCCGCCGUACCAACGACCUCCUCUCGAAAUACUUGCCUGUCAAGUACGAGCACGUCGUCUUCUGCAACCCGAGUACGCUCCAGUCCGCGCUGUACAACCACUUUGUCAACUCGAAGGAUGUGCAGCGUCUCCUUCGUGGCAAGGACUCUCAGCCCUUGAAGGCCAUCGGUCUUCUCAGGAAGCUCUGCAACCACCCAGAGCUCCUCAACCUGCCCGAGGAUCUCGCAGGGAGCGAGGCUUUGCUACCAGACGACUACUUUACGGGCAGGACGGGGCGUGACCGCACGUUCAACUGCAGCUACUCGGGCAAAUUCGUUGUCCUCGAGCGGAUGCUCGAUCACAUCAAGAACCACACCAAUGACAAGAUUGUCCUCAUUAGCAACGCGACGCAGACUCUCGACCUCAUGGAGCGGUUGUGCCGAUUGAAGAAAUACGGCUGCGUGCGCCUGGACGGCUCGAUGAAUGUGAACAAGCGCUCCAAGAUUGUCGAUCGCUUCAAUGACCCCGAAGGCAAGGAGUUUGUCUUCCUCCUCAGCUCCAAGGCCGGUGGCUGUGGUAUCAACCUGAUUGGAGCGAACCGCCUCAUCCUCUUUGACCCAGACUGGAACCCGGCCAGUGACCAGCAGGCCCUCGCCCGUGUCUGGCGUGAUGGACAGAAGAAAGAGUGCUUUGUCUACCGCUUCAUGACCACGGGUUCGAUCGAGGAGAAGGUCUUCCAGCGACAGUGCCAGAAGCAGAAUCUCUCGGCCUGUGUCGUCGACGAGGCUGAGGACGCCGCGCGCCACUUUACCCAGGACGACCUGCGCCAGCUGUUCAAGUUCAACACGCAGACUGCGUGUGACACGCACGAGACGUACAAGUGCAAGCGCUGCCGCGACGGCAAGCAGUUUGUCAAGGCGCCAGCUCUGCUCUAUGGCGAUGCCAGCACCUGGAACCACUUCCCCAACUCUCAACUUGGGCAGUUGCACGACGACUUGCUUCGGGCCGAGCUUGGCCUCCCAGAGGUCUCGUACGUGUUCCAGUACAUUUCGCACUGAGCUGGGGGAACGGUGAUGGGAGUGCUUUGGACCUGUUGUAACUACCUGUUGAUACACCAUAGACUUUGCAUAUUGAUAG